UGAUCAAUUAGUCAAUCAAUUAUCAAUGCAUUCAAUCGCUAAUUAUACUUAAAUCCCUUCAUUAGCAAUAUAAGAGAUCAUUGCGUAAAAGAUUGCAUAUCUUUGUUUUUCCGGCAAAAAUAUUCGAUACAAACAUACUUAAUAAUCGGUGCAACGAACGCCGAUCGGCGAUCAUGGAGUCUGCCGAGCAUAGGAAGGUGGCCGCAAUGGUAGUGGGAUUGGUAGUAGUAUUGUUAUCGAUGCAAUUUAUGGCUUCAUCAGCACAAGGUGCAAUGAAAGGGUUGUGUUGGCAGAGGUUGUCAAAUUGCGGUAACAGCGCAACGUCUACUACUAUGUCAUGCUGCACAGUUCUUCAGCAAGAUAUACAACAUGAUAGGGAGUGUUUUUGCAACGCCAAGUCUAUUUUUGAUGGAAAUGCAUCUCUUGCCAAUACCAUGUCGCAGCUUCUUUUGCUUUGUGGAGUCACUUUGUCUUAUGACACAUUGUGCCCUGACGUGCAAGCACCUCCGCAAAGUCUAAACUCGCCACCAGAAAGCACCACUACUGCCUCGCAUAUGUCCCCUACACCUGAUAAUACUGUUGCGUCACAUCAGACCAAUGAUCUGGGUUCAACACCAUCCUCAAGUAAAGGGAAUCUUCGUAUUAUUGUUCCUGCUGUCGUUGUUGCAGUCGUGGUCCUGAUCGUGAUAGUGGCACUUGUCAUAGGUUUAUGCCUUUGUAAGAAGAAACGCAAGGCAGGAAAAACUCAUAAUAAUGUACAUGGAAAUGCGCUUCGAUAUGAUGUUGCUCCUCCUCCAACUCUGACUCCACAUGUCGUGGUUCCAAUAUCAAAUGUCAGCAAUGAUUCUAUGAAUGACGGUCCGGUAUCUGGUGAAUUGCCUAAAUCACCUAUAUCAAAGAAUGAUUUCGUGACCGCUGAAUCCUUGCAAUAUGAACUAAAAACACUCCAGGCAGCCACUAACAACUUCGCUGACCAUCAAAAAAUCGGCCGAGGUGGAUUUGGUGUUGUUUAUAAGGGUGUGUUAGUGGAUGGCACCGAAAUAGCCGUGAAAAGGCUAUCAAACAGCUCUAGCCAAGGUGAUAAAGAAUUCAAGAAUGAGGUAGUAUUGUUAGCAAAGCUUCAACAUAGAAAUCUGGUCAAGCUAGUAGGAUUUUGUGUAGCGAACGAUGAGAAGCUACUAGUUUACGAAUUUGUGCCCAACAAGAGCCUGGACUACUUCCUAUUUGAUUCUCAGAAACAAGCACAAUUGACUUGGUCGAUACGCUAUAAUAUCAUAAAAGGCAUUGCUCGAGGAAUGCUUUACCUUCAUGAAGAUUCCCCUGUUAGAAUUAUCCAUCGUGAUCUAAAAGCUGCGAAUGUCUUGCUAGAUGCGGACAUGAAUCCAAAAAUUGCAGAUUUUGGAAUGGCUAGGAUAUGUGACCUAGAACAGACACAUAUUGAUACAAGUCGGGUCGUUGGUACUUAGUAAGUCGAUUCUCGAAA